GUUUAUCUCAUGCAAGGUUCAUAAAUGUAAACAUUGGAAUGCUGCCUUCUGAUAGUAACUACUAUUAAAUAUUUGUAUUCAUCUUAACUGGGAUUUUUUAUGUAGCUCACGUGCCUUAUUAUUGAUUAGUGUUUUUCUCCCAGCGCUGCUUUAUAUUUGUUGAUUAGCUAUGGAAGAAGUUGUUCCAGCAAUUGAGAUCAAACAAGAGGAUGAACCACAAAUUUUUUAUGGAGGCCUCAUUCAUGUUAAACAAGAGAAAGAAGAAAUAUGUACCCUCGAUGAAGGUGGCCUUAUUGAUCUAAAAAAAGAAAUAGAAUAUAUGCUUACUCCAGAUGAUGGUACAGAGAAUUUUUUUAACAAGACAGAAGAAAUCAGUGAAUCUGGCUCGGAAAGAAAAAUGAAAAUUAAUUUGAAAAAAGAUAGCUGUAACCACACAGUUUAUCACUGUCAUCAUUGUAACUAUCAAUCAAAAAGAAAAAAUCAAUUAAAAUUACAUAUAAUGACUCAUCACACAUGUGAAAAGCCUUACAAAUGUCCUUAUUGUGAACAUAAAACUGUUUUUAAUAGUCAUUUAAAAUAUCAUAUAAUGGUCCACCAUACAGGUGAGAAGCCUCAUCAAUGUCCUCAUUGUGAAUAUAAAGCAGUUUAUAAAAAUCGUUUAAAAGUACACAUAAUGAUUCAUCAUACUGGAGAGAAACGUUAUCAAUGCCAUCAAUGUGAUUAUAAAUCAGUAAGAAAAGUCCAAUUAAAAUUACAUAUAAUGAAUCAUCAUACUUAUGAGAAACCUUUCAAAUGUUCUUAUUGUGACUAUAAAACUGCUGUAAAUAGUAAUUUAAAAAAUCAUAUAAUGGUCCGCCACACAGGAGAGAAGCCUUAUCAAUGCCCUCUUUGUGAAUUGAAAGUAAUUAAUAAAAGUCAAUUGAAACUACAUAUAAUGUCUCGUCAUACAAGUGAGAAAUAUCAUCAAUGUCUUAGUGAUUAUAAAGCAGCUAAAAAAGAUUUAUUAAAAUCACACAAGAUUACAUGUGAGAAAACUCACAGAUGUCCUUUCUGUGAUCACAAAGUAGCAACAAAAUAUAAGUUAGAAUCACAUAUUAUUGAUUGCCAUACAGACAAGCCUCCUGAAUGUCCUUAUUGUGAUUAUAAAACUAUAAGAAGCAGUGAUUUAAAAGUGCAUAUAAUGUUCCGUCAUACAGGUGAAAGACCACAUCAAUGUCCUCACUGUGACUAUAAAACUGCAAAAAGGAGUAAUUUAAAAACUCAUAUAAAGUCCCGUCAUAUAGGCAAGAAACCUCACGAAUGUGCUCAUUGUGGCCACAAAGUAGAAUCAAAAUUUAGUUUAAAAUCACAUAUUAUUUCCUGUCAUACAGACAAAAAUGUUUUUGAAUGUCCUCAUUGUGACCAUGUAACUGUUAGAAAAGGUGAUUUAAAAAUACAUAUAAAAUACCGCCAUUCAAAUGAGAGACCAUAUCAAUGUCCUCACUGUAACUAUAAAGCUGUAAGAAUGGGUAAUUUAAAAACACAUAUUAAGUCCUGUCAUAUUGACAAGAAAUCUCACGAUUUUUCUUAUUCUGAUUAUAAAACAGCGGAUAAAAAUCAUUUAGAAGAACAUAUAAUGCCUCAUCAUACAGAAGAAAAAGAUUACCAAUGCCAUCAAUGUGAUUUUAAAUCAGUUAGAAAAGUUCAAUUAAAAUUGCAUAUGAAGACUCAUUCCACACAUGAGAAACCUGAGGAAUGGCCGCAAAACCAUGAUCACGAAACAGAAACAAAAUAUAACUUAAAAACACCUAUUUUUUCCUGCCAUACAGAAAAGAAGGCUCAUGAAUGUCCUAAUUGUGAUUAUAGAACUGUUGAAAGUGUUGAUUUUAAAGUGCAUAUUAAGUCCUGUCAUAUUGACAAGAAGUCCCACAAUGGCUCUUAUUGUGAAUAUAAAACAGCUGAUAAAAAUCAUUUAGAAGAACGUACAAUGUCUCUUCACACAGAAGAGAAUGAUUAUCAAUGUCAUUUUAAAUCGUUACGAAAAGGCCAAUUAGAAUUACAUAUGAAGACUCAUCUCACUUAUGAGAAACCUCACAAAUGUCCUCAUUGUAACCAUAAAGCAACAACAAAAGAUAAUUUACAAUCACAUAUUGCUUCAUGCCAUUCAGAAAAGAAGCCUCAUGAAUGUCCUCACUGUGAUUAUAAAACUGUGAGAAGUGGUGAUUUAAGAAUGCAUAUAAAGUUCCGCCAUACAGGUGAGAAGCCACAUCAAUGUCCUCACUGCGAUUAUAAAACUCCAAAAAGUACUAAUUUAAAAACACAUAUCAAGUCCCAUCAUAUAGAUAAGCAACCUCACGAAUGUACUUAUUGUGACCACAAAGCAACAACAAAAGAUAAUUUAAAAUCGCAUAUUGCUUCCUGCCAUGCAGAAAAGAAGCCUCAUGAAUGUCCUCACUGUGAUUAUAAAACUACCAGAAGUGGUGAUUUAAAAAUGCAUAUAAAGUUCCGCCAUACAGGUGAGAAGCCACAUCAAUGUCCUCACUGUGAUUAUAAAACUCCAAAAAGCACGAAUUUAAAAACACAUAUAAAGUCCCGUCAUAUGGAUAAGAAGCUCCACAAAUGUACUUAUUGUGACCACAAAGCAGCAACAAAAGUUGAUUUAAAUUCACAUAUUAUUUCCUGCCAUACAGACAAGAAGACUUUUGAUUGCCCUCAUUGUGAUCAUGUGAGCAUUAGGAAAGGUGAUUUAAAAAUACAUAUAAAAUACCGCCAUACAAAUGAGAGGCCAUAUCAAUGUCCUCACUGUGACUAUAAAGCUGUAAGAAUGGGUAAUUUAAAAACACAUAUUAAGUCCUGUCAUAUAGACAAGAAGUCGUGAUUAUUGUGACUACAAAUGACUAUUUCAAUAUUACUUAAAAUCACAUAGUCUCACUAUAUCAUGCAAGAUGCCUCAUGAAUCUCAUGGAAGUGUAUUAUCUCCAAGACAAUACAUGGAAAUAUUUUGUAUGAUUAUAGGUAUCCAGAGGUUAGUGACAAAAUAUGUGGUUACGGACCAUUCCACAAUACAUAAAGCUUCCACAUAUACCUUUUUAAAGCUUCACAUAUGUUCUUAAGAUAUGGACCUGGCCACAUUAUUUGGCCAUUAUAGAUUAUUGAAUAGUUUGGAACAUGUUCGCCAAGAAGCUAACUACAAAUCAGUAAGAAUACAAAUAAAUUUACCUAAAAUGGGUUUCCAUAAAGAUGGGAAAGACCAUUAAUGUGAUUCUAACUUUCACUGUAACUCUACAGCAACAACAAGGUUUCAUUUAAAUCACCAUAUGAAGUCCAGUCAUGCAUGGGAGAAAUUAUUACUUUUUUGUUAAAUUAUUGUUAAGUUUUUCUGCAUUCAAUUAAUAGAUUUUUUAUAUUAGUGUUUAAAUUCUAUCAACAAAUUUAGGUUUAUAACAUUCUAAAAGUUAUACUAAUAUGCCUGAUUGAGUUGUCAUUGUGAAUUUUAUAAUUAAAAUUGUAUUAUUGAAAUUUAUCCAAAAUAAUUAAUAGUACAAAUAUGACAUUACUACAACAGUCGUAAAAUUGUGAAUAAUUUUUACAUGAUGUAAAUUAUGAAAAGUAAUAUAGAAUAAAUGUAACUAAUUUUCUUUCAUACCAAAAACUUUUGUUCCUACUUAGAUAUACCUAACAUAAUAUAAUAACUGUAACAGCUUAUUUUCUUUCUUCCCAAAAUGUUUUCUAUCUAUGUACCUAUACUUACUUAUUGAGUAUAUCACCACUCUAAGGUUCUUUACAUCCUUUAACAUGAAACUAUUUCAUUUCGUUUUCAAUCCUGCGCUGCCCUGUAGGUAAUAGAAGUUUUUGGCAACAGUGGGAUGUUAUGCAUUUGUAAGGAAU